UAUUGAGGUACAGGCCCCAUUCAGUUGCUGAAGAGCUGCGUCCCACGCUUUCAGCAUUCGUUGAAUAGUUAAAUCAAAGCCCCAAAAAUCAAAAUGAGGGAAAUUGUGCAUCUGCAGGCUGGACAGUGCGGCAACCAGAUUGGCGCUAAGUUCUGGGAGAUCAUUUCGGAGGAGCACGGCAUCGACAGCAACGGCAUCUAUGUGGGCGACAGCGACCUGCAGCUGGAGCGUGUCAGCGUCUACUACAAUGAAGCAUCUGCUGUGAGUCGCUCGUCAGGCGGCAAGUAUGUGCCGCGCGCCAUUCUUCUGGAUCUGGAGCCGGGCACCAUGGAGUCGGUGCGUUCCGGCCCCUACGGCCAGCUCUUCCGUCCGGACAACUUCGUGUUUGGCCAAUCGGGCGCCGGCAACAACUGGGCCAAGGGACACUACACAGAGGGCGCCGAGCUAGUUGACAAUGUUCUGGAUGUGGUCCGCAAAGAGUGCGAGAAUUGCGACUGCCUUCAGGGUUUCCAACUGACGCAUUCGCUGGGCGGCGGCACUGGCUCCGGCAUGGGAACCCUGCUCAUAUCGAAGAUUCGCGAGGAGUACCCGGAUCGCAUAAUGAACACCUACUCGGUGGUGCCAUCGCCAAAGGUGUCCGACACGGUGGUGGAGCCAUACAACGCCACCUUGUCCAUCCACCAGCUGGUGGAGAACACAGACGAGACGUACUGCAUCGACAAUGAGGCGCUCUACGACAUUUGCUUCCGCACGCUGAAGGUCUCGAACCCGAGCUACGGCGACCUCAACCACCUCGUGUCGCUGACCAUGUCCGGCGUCACCACAUGCCUGCGCUUCCCCGGCCAGCUGAACGCCGAUUUGCGCAAGCUGGCCGUGAACAUGGUUCCAUUCCCGCGCCUGCACUUCUUCAUGCCCGGCUUCGCCCCGCUGACCUCGCGCGGGUCGCAGCAGUACCGCGCCCUGACCGUGCCAGAGCUUACCCAGCAGAUGUUCGACGCCAAAAACAUGAUGGCCGCCUGCGACCCUCGCCACGGACGCUACCUGACCGUGGCCGCCGUCUUCCGCGGACGCAUGUCCAUGAAGGAGGUGGAUGAGCAGAUGCUCGCGGUGCAGAACAAAAACAGCUCGUACUUCGUCGAGUGGAUCCCGAACAACGUGAAGACCGCCGUCUGCGACAUCCCGCCCAAGGGACUGAAGAUGUCCUCGACCUUCAUUGGCAACACCACCGCCAUCCAGGAGCUGUUCAAGCGCAUCUCCGAGCAGUUCUCCGCCAUGUUCCGCCGCAAGGCCUUUCUCCACUGGUACACCGGCGAGGGUAUGGACGAGAUGGAGUUCACCGAGGCGGAGAGCAACAUGAACGACCUGGUCUCCGAGUACCAGCAGUACCAGGAGGCUACUGCCGACGACGAGUUCGACCCCGAUGUUAACCAGGAGGAGGUCGAGGGCGAUUGUAUUUAAUGGUGUGGCCAGAGGAAUGAGGUGCGUGCGUGAGCGUCUUCUGUUUAGUGGCCAGCCCACGCUGCUGCGCUCCGUGCGCCAGCAGCUGCGCGCUAAGCACUGCCACAUACUCUGAGGACGCGACAA